CCUCACAAACGGGACUUUUUCUUUCUCCAGGCAAUCACAAAGAGAGCGCCCCGACAUCGACCACUUUUCGCCCUUGCUUACAGGGAUUUGAUCCGCUGUUUUUCACCACCCCCCCCCAUAUCCCUACGAAUUUUUCUCCCCUAAAACUCGGCGACAAAUCGAAGACGAAAAUUUCAACCAGCCAACAUGUCGCGUUUCUUCUACGGUGGCGGUAGCGACAGCGAGAGUAGCUCCUCCGGGGAGGAGGAUGUCUAUGAUCAUGACGAGGAGGAGAAGUCGUCUGAUGAGGAGGAGUCCAGCGAGGAGGAGUCCUCGGAGGAGGGAGAGGAGUCUGACGAGGAGGAAGCCGGCAAAGGUGGAGCUGGCGCGUUCUUAAGGGAUGUUUCGGAGAGUGAGGAGAGUGAGGAUGAGGAGAAGGUUACGGUCGUGAAGAGUGCCAAGGAUAAGCGGUUGGAGGAGCUCGAGAGUAUUAUCAAGUUGAUUGAGAAUGCUGAGAAGAUUAAUGAUUGGGCUGUUAUUUCCGGAGAGUUCGACAAGCUCAACCGCCAAAUCACCCGCGUUACUGGUCCUACUCCUCGCGUCUAUGUCAAGGCUGUCGCCGAUCUGGAGGAUCUCGUCAACGAGACCGCCGCCAAGCAGAAGGCCUCCAACAAGAAGAUGAACCAGAGCAACACCAAGGGUUUCAACGCCGUCAAGCAGCGGAUCAAGAAGAACAACAAGGACUACGCCACCCAGAUCGACAAGUACCGUGCCGAUAAGGAUGCCUACAUGACCGCCGUCGAGGAGGAGGCUCGCCCCGUCGUCUCUGCUCCCCGCAUCUCCAAGGUCGAGCGCGUCGAGGCCCCCGCUGCCUCCUUCGCCGACGACGAUGGGUUCGCGACCGUCGGCCGUGGCGGCAAGACCCUCCAGUACACCCCGGAGAGCAUCCUGAAGCACCUCCGUGUCAUCCUGGAGUCCCGAGGCAAGAAGAACACCGACCGUCUGGAGCAGAUCCGCACCAUGGAGAAGCUCCUCGAGGUCUCGCAGACCCCCUACCAGCGCAUCCGUGUCUACCUGACCCUCAUCUCCACCCGCUUCGACCUCACCUCUUCUUCGUCCGCCAACUACAUGAGCAUCGACCAGUGGAAGGCCGCCCAGGGUGAAAUCGGCGCCCUCUUGUCCGUCCUUGAGAACACCAAGGAUUACAUCGUAACCGAAGGUGCGGAGGAGUGGGAGGAUGAUGAGAGGCAGCCUCAGCCUACCGCCGAGCAGCCCGUGAUCAUCCCUGGCAGCAUCGUCUCCUACGUCGAGCGACUGGAUGACGAGCUCAUCCGCUCUCUGCAGCAGAUCGAUCCUCACACCGCCGAGUACAUCGAGCGCCUGAGCGACGAGAAGCAGCUGUACACCGCCCUGGUCCGUGCCCAGGCCUACAUCGAGGGCCUCAACAAGUCCGACAAGAGCGACCCCCGACAGGACAGCCUGAACCGCGUGGUCAUGCGCCGACUGGAGCACGUCUACUUCAAGCCCACGCAGGUCGUCAACAUCCUCGAGGACGGCGCCUGGAAGGCUCUGCCCGAGCAGCUCAAGUCCGAGAUCACCCCCCAGGCCCAGACCGCCGAUGCCGCCCAGCUCGUGGAGACCCUGUGCAACUACCUGUUCCGCUUCAGCGACGGUAUCAUCCGCGCGCGCGCCAUGCUCAGCCAGAUCUACUUCGCUGCCCUGCACGACCACUACUACCGUGCCCGUGAUCUGAUGCUCAUGUCCCACCUGACGGAGAACAUCUCCAACUUCGACGUCACCACGCAGAUCCUGUUCAACCGCACCCUGGUCCAGAUCGGUCUCUGCGCCUUCCGCGCGGGCCUGAUCUACGAGGCCCAGAACACCCUCGGCGAGGUCUGCGGCAGCGGCCGCCAGAAGGAGCUGCUCGCCCAGGGCAUCAUCCUCCAGCGCUACUCGACCGUGUCGCCCGAGCAGGAGCGCCUUGAGCGCCAGCGCCAGCUGCCCUUCCACAUGCACAUCAACCUCGAGCUGCUGGAGUGCAUCUACCUCACCUCGAGCAUGUUCAUGGAGGUGCCGCUGAUGGCCCAGACCUCGUCGGCCCCCGAGAUGAAGCGCCGCGUCAUCUCCAAGACCUUCCGCCGCAUGCUCGACUACAACGAGCGCCAGGUGUUCACGGGCCCCGCCGAGAACACCCGCGACGGCGUCAUCAUGAGCGCCAAGCUCCUGGCCGCCGGUGACUGGAAGAAGGCCGCCGAGAUGCUCAACUCCAUCAAGAUCUGGGAUCUGAUGCCGCAGCCCGAGAAGGUCAAGGAGAUGCUGACCCAGCAGAUCCAGGAGGAGGGCCUGCGCACGUACCUCUUCACCUACGCCCCCUUCUACGACAGCGUCUCUCUCCCCACCCUCUCCGGCAUGUUCGAACUCCCCGAGAAGAAGAUCCAGGCCAUCAUCAGCCGGAUGAUCUCGCACGAAGAGCUGUCCGCCGCCCUGGACCAGGUCAACGACGCCAUCAUCUUCCGCAAGGGUGUCGAGCUGUCGCGCCUGCAGUCCCAGAUCGUCACCUUGGCCGACAAGUCCAUGAACCUCCUGGAAUCCAACGAGAAGACGCUCGAGCAGCGCACGCAAGGCAUGACCAACGCGUUCCAGCGCGACCAGGGCGCCGGCGCCCGAGGCCGUGGGCGCGGGGGCCAGGGCCGCGGUGGUGCUCGCAUCCCUGGUGGCCAGCAUGGCCGUCGACCGGGUGGACAGCAAUUCGGAGGUGGUGCAUUGGGUGGAGCGAUCAAGGCGUAAAAAAAAAAAGUGUAAUCGCAUUACAUUCUCCUAUUGCAUUUUCCCUUUUUUUUUUUUCUCCCUCUUCACUUUGUCAUGGU